AUGGCAGUUCAACUGAAUUCGAUGGGUUAUGUUCUGGGGCAGCACAAUGACACGGGGCGAAAGGAAAGAGCCAUUUACUAUUUGAGUAAGAAAUUCAACGAUUGCGAGUCGAGGAAGGCAGUAAAAGGGAGCGUGAUUGCUGAUCUCUUGGCAGAAAACCCAAUCCAAGAUUAUGAGGCCUUGGAUUUCAAAUUCCCCAAUGAGCAUAUUAAUGAGGUCGGCAGUGAGGGAAAAGAAUCGACUGAUGUAUGGGAAAUAUAUUUCGACGGAGCUGUCGACUUGUCCGGUAAUGAGAUAGGAGCAGUUUUGAUAUCCCCUGACGGAAAGCACUUCCCAAUAGCCAUCAAGCUAAGGUUCAACUGCACCAACAACGUCAAAGGGGAAUGGCAGACUAAAGAUCCGAAAUUGAUCCCAUACCAAAAGUACCUCCUAGAAUUGAUUAAAAGAUUUGAAGAGAACUCCUUCACUCACCUCAAUCGCGACAAGAACCAGUUUGCCGAUGCCUUAGCCACUCUAGCCGUCAUGGCUCAGAUGGAAGAGGGACAGACAACACAGGUGUUGCAAAUCAAAGCAAGGAGUGAGCCGGCUUAUUGCUUCAUAGUCGAAGAAGAAACCGAUGGUAAACCCUAG